CUGUGCGAUGCCACUAUAUCAAACCUCGCGAUAUUUACUUUAUCGUCUACGGCUCGACUCGUAACACCUACAGGUCCUUCUCGUCUACACUUCAGCGUGUCGCGAAUUGGUCUUUAAUAUUACUCAUUUGAGUUCCCUAGUCAGCGACUAGGAGUCAGGGAGACUCACAAAUUGGUCUGGUGUACGAAUCUUUCCCGGCUCACGGUCUUUCGACAUUGUUCCGGGGAAGCCCCGCUGGCAAAAAAAUACGAUUGCUAUAUUAUAAGCUGUUCUUAUCCUAACUACGCACCAGGAACAACCAAGAAAUUUAAAUCUAGCAGCAAAAAUGGUUAACAGAUUGGAGAAGCUGGAAAGAUUCUUCGGUGGUUCUAGGAAACGGGAUAAAGACAGAGAGGCAAAAAACAGGGAACUUUCAGUUGUGUCGACCCUUGAUAAUCAACAUUUUCCAUCACCAUCGUUUAUGAAUCCGACGUCGAUACACAUGAAGCCUCGGGAGGAACCCAUCUCAUGGUCUAGAGAAGCUAAAGAACGCUCUCAUAGCUUGCCCGGCCCGCAUGGAAAUCGGAAAAGACGUUCUUCAAUCGGCUCUAUCGGUGAUAUCUUGAAUCACCGAUACCACCCUAGCGACCCGAUACAUUCGCUCUCGCCAUCUGCUAUGAAGGUCGGCAGUCCUCUUGGGACCCCGAGGCUAUCCCGAUUCAGGUUCCCAGAGGCCCUUACCAUGGACGAAAAGGGAAUUACAGCCAGAGAACGUACCGCCAAAGAUUCUCAAGAAGAGAGUAUAUUGAAUUGGUAUCCUCAACGCGUAUCUUCACUGUUUAACAAUCUAGGUCUGGAUACCUCUAUUGACGAUCGCAUCGCCAAGUUACCCGCAACCAACGGGGGGCUAUCAGUUUCUAAGCCACCAUCGCCAACCUUGUCUACGCCACCCUCACCCCGAACGAGGAUCGACACGACCGAUGUACCACCCAGACAGUCUUCUCGGAAACCAAGCAAAGCAUUGGUUAAUGAAUUCUCUUUACCACCCAGGACUCCUCCGCCGCCAUUUCCAGUCCCCAUUCCUGACUCUCCACCGGCUUCAGACAGCGAGGAUGAAUGUUCGCAUGCUUUACACGACCGGUUAGUGCCAGUUAAAGCUCUUGCCUCGCCUAUUCGGAUUACACCACAGCCAUCACUUGACUUCAAUUCUCGACACAGUUCGGAAAUAUCACGCCCCACCAGGGAAUCGUGGGGCGCUAGGUCGCAAGAUCCCGUGCCUUUGGCCAACACCACGUUUGAUGAAAGCGCAUUUAUGAUUCGAUCACGGUUCGUGCGAAAAACCGGGAGUUUGGACUCGCUAUCGACCAUUACUAAAUAUAGACCGAUCGAACGCGAUCUUAAGGAGCCUACGCUUGAUGACUUCUAUCACCUCGACGAUGAUGAUGUUUUAGAGCGCCGACCUGCCACGCCUAAAUCAGAAAGCGAAGUUGAAAUACCACCAACACCACCUCCUAAAGAUUCCCCAAAAACUCCAAUCGGCAGAAGUCGCUCUACUCGACAUAUGCCAAUUGCGCCCACAUUUGCGAUCAAUUCCUCGUCCGGAGAGCUCACUCCGCCUCGUACACCAACCGAUUCGCAGUUCCUUACGUUGGCUUAUUCGCCCACUAACGCCUCUGGUGCAUUAGGCGCAAUGUGGGCAGCUAGCAUUGCCAGUACCUACAACUUUGACUUGGUUUACAUUAUCAGUCUCUGGCCAAAGGCAGAGGGAGACAGCUCGGAUCCAUCACGGCGAUCAACAUCUACCGAUCGCCGACCCCAGUCUCAGGAUAGAGAUCAUGCUGCAGCCAGAUGCUCUAUUGUCGCGAAUCCAAAGUCUGAAGUAACUGGUCGGAUACUUGCCGCGUAUGGUCUGAAUCAAUUCGGGUCGCCUUUUCGAAUCCACGCCCAGUUCCAUAAAAAGAUGCUUGGGUUCAAGGGUUGGAAAGAGUACCGUGAUGAGCUUGCAUCCCCAGGAAUGAUAUCACGAGGGUGGACAUGCUCUUUCUACAGUGAUCAUAUCACGACAGCACCGAACGAGAUAGGCGACAGCCAUAUAAUACAAAAUGGGAUUGCGAAUCGAGGAAUAGUGUUCGCCGCCUAUACUAGAAAGACGACCAAGUCGGCGAUUCCUGUGAUAUCAACGCCGAAACAGACGGCAAUACUCGGAAAGCUGUUCUACGAUGCACAGACGCUUGUUGACGCUCUAGUCCAUGGCGCCUAGUCUUGAAGCAUCAUUACAAAGUUCUUACAUGAAUAUUACAUAUCAACUGGGGGAACACAACGAGCUAGCAUAGGUCUCACUUUGAAGAGGACAGCAUAUUGUUAAGCAUGUACCAAAUGAGUUGCGAUGAGUUACGAUGAUGGCAGAGCAUGGCAUUCGUUACUAUUUGAUACCCCGAAACUUGUUCAUGGCGGCCACGGUCAUUUAAACAAAAGUGUACCCAUUGGGUUGAGACACCUCAACAAACGGGUUAUUUCUACAAAUGAAAUGUAUCAUAAGUUAUUUUAAGUACC